UCAUAUUAAAAGUAUGAAUGUGACUUCAAAGCUGUAAUCAGUCAGUUUAAUAUCAGUAAAUUAAUGUAAUGCUAUUAAUGUAACGUUAAACCUAACCGUAAAGUUAACACCAAUGCUUAUAUCAUAGAUGGUUAUUUAAAUGUAUAUUAUUAUUAUUAUAAAUCCCGUUUACACGUGCUCUAAUCAGCGAGUCGUGGGUGACGUUUUGUAACUUCCUGUUUGGACCUGACGGAAUCUCUGCACCUGAAGCGAAGACAUCAGCGGUGUGAACCUGUUGGAGACAACUGUUAUAUGAAAGCAGACACAUCAGAUGAUGGCUGAAGGUAGAAGGCGGAGGAGAAGGCUGAAGCCAGUGGAGGAGGCCAUACAGUUUUCACUUCGACAGAAAGACAAGAAUGGGCUCGAGGGCAGAUUCAUCAGUGAUUUUAAAGGGAGGGGUGUGUUCAGCUGUACUGACUUUGAUAAAGGAGAUUUCCUGCUCGAAUACAGAGGAGACCUCAUAAGUAAAGAAGAAUGUGAGCGGAGGCAAAGAAUAUAUCACGAUGCACUUAAAGUUUUCAUGUUUGAGUUUCGCUACAAUGGAAAACUCCUCUGUGUCGAUGCAGCCCGAGAUGACGGUUCUCUUGGGCGGCUUGUAAACGAUGACCAUAUUAACCCAAACAGCAGGAUGAAGACGAUACGUGUGGAUGGAAAACCUCACUUAUGCUUAUUUGCCAGAAGGAGCAUCUGUCCUGGUGAAGAGAUCACAUACGAUUAUGGUGAUUCUGAGUGGCCAUGGCGAUGCACGAUGAUAACUGAGAAGAAUCAGUGUUUAAAGAACCUAAAGAACUCUGAACAAGGCUCAGCAGCUAUAAAGACUCUUAGUGUGAUUGAUCCGUCCACUCUUGAAGUCAACACUCUGUCCCAGUCAGAAGACACAGAAGGAGAGAAGACUCUUAGUGUGAUUGAACCGUCCACUCUUGAAGUCAACACUCUGUCCCAGUCAGAAGACACCGAAGGAGAGAAGCUGACAGUUGUCAGUGAUCAGUCAGUGUUAAUGGACUCCACUAUCUGUACAGCCUCUGAAGGACAGGAAAAGGUGACUCUGAAGAAGGACCGGUUACUAUUGGAUGAUCAGGACUGUGUUGAGAAGAUGUCACCUGUCAAAGAGCAUGUGUUAAAUGAGGAGCAGAGCUUUUGUGCCCCUGCUGAAGGAGUUAAGGAGGUCUGCAUACAUGUUGUGUUCACUUCAGCAAUAUCGAGCAUGGAUAAAUGUGCUGAAUGUGUGGGACCUGUAGCAGCACUCAGGUGGAUUGGCCUGAGAUGUAAAUUGUGCUCCAGUUUUUGGCACAAGUCCUGCUAUUUGAAGCUUCAUGAAUGGAAUGGAAAACAGUCAUCGUGGGAAGUAAGUUCAGAGGAAGACGAGCUGUCAGAUGAGGAGUACAUAUCUCAGUCAGAGUCAGACAAUCAGUCAGACAGUUCAGAUGAGUUGACAACAAGACCAGCACGUUACGAUCAAGCUAAACUCCUCUUAGAUAUACAGGAAGCUGCAUCCUCUAAGUUUAGUGAGCCUCUGAGAUCAGAUGUAACUGCCCUGAAUGUGUCUAAGGGCAAAGGAAAAGGAGUCUUAAAGGCCAUGGAAGCAGCAAGUGUGUAUGAUGAGUCUGAUUUACUGUGUCAUGAGGAGCAGUUGACUGAUGUUGAGACAGACAGUGAAUCAGACCGUUUUGGUGAACGUCACCUUCCCAGAAAGCAAGGCUCAGUGGUACGCAGGUCAACAGAUGUGGUUAUGUCUUCACCCCAAUCACACAAUAGAAAGGACAAUAGUGAGAAGCUUUUGAAUGCAAAAAGCACAGUAACGUUGAGAGAGGAAGAGAGGGAAAGCAGCGUGGCUGAAGAUGAUCAGUGUGUGCAGUCAGCAAAAAUUUCCUGUACAGCAAAUAGUAAGAAUUAUUGUUACAUCUGUGGGAAACCUCAGUCCAAGUUAGCGCGCCAUUUGAAAACUCAUAUGGGUGAAGUUGAAGUUGUGCAGGCUUUGUCACUCCCGGUUCACUCGAAAGAACGUAAAGCAAUGCUGCAAAAGCUCAGGAACAAGGGCAACUUUCAGCAUAACACAGACGUUUUACAGUGUGGAGAGGGGGCUCUUAAAAUAAAACGAGCACCAAAGAGAAAGUGUGAUUCAAAGCAGUUUGUGCAUUGCAUGUACUGCAAAGGGAUGUUUGUACGGAGAGAUCUGUGGCGUCAUUUGAGAAGAUGUUCCUCAAAACCAGCAUCUGACAGUGAAAAGCAAGGGAGGAGGAGAGUUUUGGGCCUGGCGUCUAUGGCAGAGUCUUCAUUCAGUCAGCACAUAUCUCAAGGAGUUUGGAAACUCUUAGGUGUGAUGAAGCAGGAUGACAUUUCCGCUGUUGUCAAAAAUGACGAGUAUUCUUCAGCUUGCACAGUCGUUCUUUAACAAACAUGGACAUGACCCUACCAAAUUUGAGUACAUACGACAAAAACUCCGUGAAGUUGGAAGAUUGUUGCUGACUUUGCGUAGAGAGUUUUCUGUGUACAGUCUUGAAGAAGCUCUGAAACCUGCCAGUUUUCAUAAACUCAUUCGAGCGGUUCAGAUGGUGUCUGGCUAUGAUGAUGAGAGCCACUGCUACCAAAGCCCAAGCCUUGCGCUGAAACUGGGGCAUUCGUUGAAUAAGAUUUGCGAAAUCAUUCACUGCCGAGCACUGAUGUCUGAAGACAAGGAAUUGAUCUCAUCAACAGAAACCUUUAAAAAGCUCUACUCCUCGAAGUGGUCUGAGAUGAUCUCACACACUGCUUUGGUCACACUGAAUGAAGCCAAAUUUAACAAGCCAUCAACACUUCCCUUCACUCAGGAUGUCCAGUCCCUUCAUCGGCUCCUUGAGAAGACUGCACAUACGGCUUUUCAGAAACUACAAGAGACGGCAUCUCCUCAAAGCUAUGCAGAACUGGCCAAAGCAACACUCGCCAGAAUCAUUGUUUUCAACCGCAGACGUGCAGGAGAGGUCUCUAAAAUGCCGCUGAAGGGCUUCAAUGAAAGGGACGGCACUUCUCUCCAUGAUGAUGUAGCGAUGGGCCUGAGCAAGUUUGAGCAGAAGCUCUGCAGCCAUUUCAGUCGAGUUGAGAUCAGGGGGAAGAGGGGAAGAAAGGUUGCGGUUCUUCUCUCUCCUGAUAUGGUCGAUGCCCUGAAGCUGCUGGUCAGCAGGAGAAGUGAAUGUGGAGUGCUGGACUCUAAUACUUUCUUGUUUGCUCGGCCAAACUGCCAGAGUCACUACAGAGGCCAGGACUCUCUGAGGGUCUAUGCAAGUGAAUGUGGAGCUCAAAAUCCAGAAUUUCUCCGAUCCACUCAUCUGCGCAAGCACGUGGCUACGCU